CAUCAACUCCGACAACAACUCGCGCGGUCUGUCUAUAGCAACCGUGAAGUGAAUCCAGCAACACGAAGAGGACCUACACGGAGUUGCUGAAUGGGAAUCGCAUCACAUCAAUAGCCCUGACAGUGUGAGAGAGCCAGCUCCUUUCUGAGCUAAUCUGGCUGAGAAGUAUGGAUGGCAAUAACGAUGUGCAGGCUGAGCUGGACUCUGUGGAGGCUGAGCUGGAGUUGGUGGAGCUGCAGAUCACUGAACUCCUGCAGAAGCAGGCUGAGCUGACUUCCCGUAAGGAUGCACUGCUGCAGCAGUUGGAGGAGGCCUGUGACACUGCGCAGCCAUCAUCUUCAUCAUCAUCCUCAUCUUCCUUAAAGUCAUCUGGAGGUCAUUCUGCAAUGAGCAAGCAGGAGAUGCAGCUCUAUGAUGGCACAGAUUUCCCAUGGUCCCAAGCAGUGGAACAGCACCUGAAGGACUUGUUCCAUCUCUCCACAUUCAGACCGCUGCAGCUCAGGGCCAUCAAUCUGACCCUGUCAGGCAAAGAUCUCUUUCUGGUUAUGCCUACAGGAAGAGGAAAAAGCCUCUGCUACCAGCUACCUGCGGUCUGCUCUGAGGGUUUUACACUGGUUGUCACUCCCUUGGUGUCCCUAAUGGAGGACCAGAUCAUGUCCCUGAAGUCAGUGGAUGUGUCCGCAGUAAUGCUUAACGCGUCCAGUAGCAAGGAGCAUGCUAAGAUGGUCUUGGCUGGAAUGACAGAUGUGAAGGCCCCUUUCAAGCUGGUGUAUGUGACUCCAGAGAAGAUUGCCAAGAGCAAGCUGCUCAUGUCUCGUCUGGAGAAGGCCUACAACGCAAACCUGCUGAAUCGUAUCACUGUGGACGAGGUGCACUGCUGCAGCCAGUGGGGACACGACUUCAGACCAGAUUAUAAGCUGCUGGGCAUCCUGAAGAGGCAGUUUCCCAAAGUUCCGCUGAUCGGCCUCACAGCCACUGCAACCAGCAACGUGCUCAAGGACUGUGAGAAGAUCCUGUGUGUGCCACAGCCAAUCACGCUCACCGCCUCCUUCGACCGAACCAAUCUUUACUAUGAGGUUCGCAUUAAAGAAUCUGACAAUGAUGCAAUAAUAAGUAACAUUGCCUCUCUGAUCAAGAACAGAUACAAGGACCAGUCAGGGGUUGUGUAUGUAUUCUCUCAGAAGGAUGCAGAGUCUGUGUCAUCAGAACUCCAGAAGAGGGACAUAGUGGCUUAUCCCUACCAUGGCAACAUGGACCCUGGCGCCAAGUCCCGGGUUCACCGCAAGUGGACCUCCAACAAAAUCCGGGUGAUUGUAGCCACAGUGGCAUUUGGCAUGGGCAUCGACAAGCCCGACGUCAGGUUCGUCAUCCACCACACCAUCAGCAAGUCCAUCGAGAACUACUACCAGGAGAGUGGACGUGCAGGUCGGGACGGCCACCCAGCAGACUGCAUCGUCUACUUUGGCUUCUCUGAUAUCUUCAGGAUCAGCACCAUGGUGGUGAUGGAGAACGUCGGUCAGCAGAAACUGCUGAAGAUGGUCGACUACUGCCAGAAUGUUGACAGGUGUCGGCGCUCGCUCAUGGCUGUUCAUUUUGAUGAGGUGUGGGAUGAUGAAGGCUGCAACCAGAUGUGUGACACCUGCCGUCACGCUAAAGACCACAGGACCGCUGACAUUACCCAGCAUGCCAGGCAGGUGGUGCAAAUAUUGGAGCUGGCAGCGUCCAUGAACGAGAAGUUGACCCCCCUGAAGCUAGUGGAGGCCUGGAUGGGGAAAGGCCCCGCCAAGCGCAGGAAAAUGAUUCAGACCACCACACUGUCUCGGCUGCAGGCCGAAGCUGUGAUUGUUCGGCUGUUACUGCAGGGAUACCUCAGAGAGGACUUCAGCUUCACUCCAUACACCACCUACUUCUACAUGAAGCUGGGCCACAAAGCCGCUCUGCUGAAGAACCAGUCUCACACACUCAGCAUGGAGAUGGGGACACAGUCUGGAUAUGCUUCGGACGCAUCAGCUGUGAAAGCUAAUAAGAAGGAGGUUGAUAUAACCUUUGACCCCAUUGUCAUGGAGAACAGCUGCUCCCCACAACCCAAACAUAAACUGUGUAAAGAACAGAGGAACCAGUCUAGGAAACAGGAACUGAAACCAGUCGGCCAGACGGAGAGAGAGAAACAACAGCUGACAGACGGACAUGGAGAGGAAGAGGAGACGAGAGGAUCCAUCAUGACCCAACAUGUCAUCGAGGUUGAUGUUGAAAUAAAUAUAACAGAUAAUUUAGGUGUUAGUGACAGUCAGAAAAAACCUUCACAUCCAGUCAAACCCUGUUCGAAAAGGAAAUCCACUACCCCUCAGAGAGCAAGGAGGAAACCCUGUGUGGACGCCGCCACUGUGCCCAGCUCUCCAUCCCGGACCUCGGUCAUCUCUGACACUGCGGCGGAGGAGCUCUGUGAGCUGAGGAACUACUACAGCAAGCAGCUGAGGAGGAUAAACUACAUUUCCCACGAGCACCUGGGUCAGCCAGCGGAGCCAGGAGUUCUGGCGUGCAUCAGGGAGCCUCUGAGGAGCCUACAUCUGCCCCGCAGGGUGACCAUCGCCCAGACAGCCCGCAGCCUGUGGACACGAGUGAGCAGCCGGCGCAAACUACUGCACCGCUGACAUCAGAGCAUGUGCGGAGGUGAACUGUCGUGAAUGUUCCUAGCAACUGUUACACUGUGAUCAAAGUACUUUCUUUUUCUACUGUCACAGCUACAGGCGAGUGUAGGAUUCAAACAUGUCUGCGGGUCAAAUGAAAGAACAGAAACACACACUGCCAAGCCCCUCAUCUCUCCACUAAUCUGACCUGGCAACGCUGAUGCAUGUGAAUUGUUUCACAGGCUCAUUAAACUGUCAUAUUUCAUACCUGAUCUGCUUUGUAGUUAGUUAAUGGGUCUUGAUUAAUCUUAAGUUCUGGAUUUUGAUUUAUAGCUGGACUUUUAUUGUGGAAUUUGUUUUUGAUGCAGUAAAUCUGCUGACUGAUAAACUAAAGAACGGGAUGACAAAAAGAGGAAUUAUUUUGAUUAUAGACUGACAAUUGACUUUAAGAGUUUAGGGAAUGGAUGAUUUUCCAAACAUACGUAGUUUAUUGAAGUUCUAAUUAAGUUUUCUGUGCUGUAACCAGUAAUGCAGCUGGUUCUUUGUCCACAUGAAUGUAGCAUUUCUUUUCUUAAAACCAUUCCACUUAUUACCUCUGCCAAUGAGGUUGUUUUUAUCAGUUGUUAGAUUGCAGGAUUAUGCAAAAAAUACUGAAUCAAUUUCCAUGUUAUAUUGUGGAAGGGUGGUGCUUGACCCAAGGAAGAACCCAUUGAAUGUUGGUGCUGAUCUGUAUGACUGGGUGGAUUCAGGAAUUGUUUGGUUUUUCUACUUUCUAUACAUUGCAAGAUGAGGAGUUGGCCUUGGCGAAGGUAUUCACACUCAGGGCACCCUUCUAGUUUUAUUUUAGUCAUACGCAGUAUAAAGAUCCCCUUCUAUCUAUGACAGAAUCCUGAGAGAAAAAGAGCCCCAGACUUUGAACAACUCUCAUUUCCUUCUAGCUAACGUCUCCUUAAUGAACACUGUACUUUCCACUUUCCUUUUAUUUAACAAUUUAUUAUGUUGCAACCUUAUGCUGAAAUAAAAACAUUUACCUUCAUCAAGCCCCCAUAAUGAAAAAUCAAUUUAAUUUGUCCUCAGAUAAUUUAAAAAGCAUAUCUGUAUAGCCGAGGUGGAGGAGGCCACAAUUUGAAUGAAAGUAAAUAACACACAGACACUGUCUUACAUGUUUUUUGUAAUUCAUUACAUUUCAGAAUAAACAACCUUUAUUUCAA